AUGGAUUGCGAUCCUGCAGGUACCCAACGCACCACGACCACGACCACCAACAUCAGCAACAGCCACUACCAUCGCCCCAUUAUGCAGCGCGCAUCUCCUGGCCAAAUCAGGAUAUCACCGGAGCAGAGACGACUCCUCAGAUUGGCCCAGGAUGUGAUCCUCGGGAACUCCCUCAAAUCGUAUCAGAUCUUUGUCCGCAGCUUUAACGGUGUGCAGCUUAAGAGGCAGUUGCGCCGCCUGCAGUCCAUGAAGCAGGCUGAACAAGACAAAGAGGCAGUGCACGCGGCACGUAUCAUGGUAAGAGAGAAAGAGCUCCAGGCAUGUCGCCCAGAGGAAAGAGAGAACGCAGAGUUGGCUCUAUGGUCGCUGAUUAAGCGCCGGGACUGCUAUAGGAAGUGUUGGCAAAUGCUUGCGGGGCACGAGCGGGUGGUUGAGCAGGAGUUGAAGAGGCGCGAGGCCGAGAUGCAAUGGAGCGUUAGAGUGCAAGUAAAUGACGCUACAAGUACGACUGAACCAUCGCACUUUCCAGUGUCAUAG